GACAAACGCAUAUAGACGAUAGAAAGGAUUGAAAGCCAAAGACGGAAAAGAACAAUUUUACAUAAUUAUUUGUUGUAUCUUCUAUCAGUCAAUCAUCAUUAAUCUUGUAAGGAGAAUGUUCCAUCACAAAUAAUAUUCACGAACGAGGAUUUAUCUUGAUUAUUGACUCAUUCACGAUCACUAGUUGUCGUAAUAACGAUUUGAUGAUAUGAUACGAUAAUUCAGUUGUCACAUCAGCAUGGAGUGCGAGGAUGGAGUGAUGAAAGAGGAGAAUGGUGAUAAAUUGUCAGACUCCGAGGAAGUAACAGAACCGUUUUCUAGCACGGAUAAUAAAAUGGAGAAAAUGAAAGUGAAUAUGACAGGGCAUGAUAAUGGGAUAGAACCAAUGGAGUGUGAUAAAGCUUCUUUGGAAAGUGGAAGAAUGAAUGAGAAUAAAAAAACUGAGACUACCUCCAAAUCUUCAGAGUCUCCAGGACGAUGGGAAGAAUCUCUAGAUGAUAUUCCAAACGAGAGUGAGGCUGUGAUGUCCAAUGGCAGUUUGCGUGAUGCCAAAAAUUCCGAUGGUAAAGAUAAGCAUGAGAGCUCUGAUAAUGACACCGAUAAGGUUGAUAAAGCUGAUAAGGGGAGUUCGGAUACAUCAGGGAUCGUUGAGAGCAGUCAGCCCAGCUGCUCUACCUCCAAGUUCCACAAGUUGAUGUCAAAAGUGAAGAAACGUCAGUACAGGAAGAAAUCGAGUGAUACUGAAGAUGUCAAGGCGAAGGAGAAAAAACCGAGGGAGAAUAAUGAUGAGUCCAAUCCGAGUUCUCCUGCUGAACACGAGAAAACGAGAAAUUCAGAGGAUCAGAGGGAAGAGAGAAUUCAAUCUUCGAGUGAUGAGAAGAGUUCUAAUUCUAAUAGUGAUAAUGAGGGUGGCGAUUCCAGCGAGUGGACCACUGCGAGUGAGGAUGAGCUCAAUGGAGGCAUUCCCAGGGUAUUGCAGAAGGGUCCACCGAAGCCGAGGAUGUUUAUCGUACCAGAGGUGAUAAAUCGACAGAUUGGUAAUACUAGGCUCUUCGAGAGAAAAUUUUACGGGUCUCUGCACGUGGUACAGCGGUUGGAAUUGAUGCAGAAGAUGGAAGAACAUGAAGGCUGUGUAAACGCAUUGAACUUUAAUCGUGAAGGUAAUUUGCUGGCCAGUGCCUCAGACGAUUUACGAGUGGUAAUUUGGGAUUGGGCGAUUGGUAGAAAGCGUCAUACUUUUGAGACCGGUCACAAGAGCAAUGUUUUCGAGUCGAAGUGGCUUCCACUGGAUUUUGAGAAUUACGUUGCAACGUGUGCACGUGAUGGUCAAGUACGUCUUCUCGAUAUUCACACUGGGAUGCACAGUAAAUUGGCGUCACAUCAUGGACCCGCUCGACGACUGGGUGUUCACGCCGAUCAUCCUCACACUGUACUCUCGGUUGGGGAUGACGCCAAGGUUUUGUGCAUCGAUAUUCGAGGUGGCAAACCCAUCAAGAUGCUCACUGUCAAGGAAGGCCGAUCCGACAUGAAUCUUUACAGCAUUCACAUUAAUCCUCGAAAUAGUCACGAAUUCUGCGUUGGUGGACGCUCUCAGGCUGUUAAAAUCUACGACAGACGAAAAUUGGCACUUCCACUGCAGAGACUGUGUCCUGAUAAUUUGUCUGAUAACACAUGUGCUCAUGUCACUUGCGCCAUGUAUAAUUAUAAUGGAACUGAGAUCAUCGCCUCGUACAACGACGAUGAUAUUUAUCUUUUUGAUGCUGUGGUACUACAUCCAUCCGGAGAUUUCGCUCAUAGGUACGAGGGGCAUCGUAAUAAUGCUACUGUUAAAAGCGUCAAUUUCUUCGGGCCAAAAAGUGAGUUUAUCGUGUCAGGAUCAGACUGUGGGAAUAUAUUCUUUUGGGAUAAAAACACUGAGGCCAUUGUCCAGUGGUUUCCUGGAGAUGAACAGGGUGUCGUCAAUCGGCUAGAAUCACAUCCAAAUGUACCGAUUUUAGCAACUAGCGGGCUAGAUCAUGAUGUGAAAAUUUGGAUACCUUCUUGUGAGCAAGCGCCGCAGAUGAAUAAAUUAGAAGACUGUGUCAAAACUAAUUUGAGGAAUCGAGCAGAUGAUAUCACGAGAGAGCCUGACGCAUUUGAUGGGCAAAUGCUUAUGGUAUUUUUACAACAUAUUCGUCAACAUGAAGGUUUUAGAGGGAUCUUUGCAAGCCGAUCCAGAUUCGUAAUGAGACCUUACGAUGACAAUUCCGAUUCCUCGAGUGAGGCUGGUUCAGUCCACAGUGACAGUCCCUCAGAAGGAGCCAAUGAAGGACCCCAGUGUGCACCGUCCUAAAUCUUACUUCAGUCAUCCCAGAACCCUUGAAUCUUCUUCAAUAAUUCAGGAAAGGGGUUUAUACCACUUGCAUAGUCGAAAUUUAUCUCAAAAAAUGAAACAAAUUCUCGAUCGGAAAAUCUUUUCCCUCACGGAGUGGUAAAAACGGAUGACUACCGAUCAUUACUUCGUAUUUAUUUCUGUAAAUAUCCUUCAAAUAAAUAGAUUACCGGAAAAAAAUGGAUUUUCAAUACUUUUCCAUGAAUUAUUUGGACAAAUUUUUCUAAAGUUUAUAAACAAAUGCAGAGGGGAUGCAUGUUUAUGAAAAACUUUCCUCUUUAGAGGAAUAUUCGUCAAACAUAAAUUUUCAAAUUUAUCGAGAAACUUUGUACGAGACAAUUCCAAGGCGUACAAAGUUUUUUAAUAAAUUUUAUGAAAUUCCUUUAUUUCCAAGAUAUUCUUCAUCCCUUUUCGCCACUCCACUAAGCUUAGUCAUUGAUUAAUAUCUCUAAAAAAUUUUCUACUCGAUUAAAAACAAUAGUUCUAUAAAUGAAAGUGUAAAAAAAAGUGAGUAAUAAAAAUGCCAUUAAGGGUAUGACUACAGCUUCUGUCUUCAGAAGAUCCCGGAAUAAAUCCAAGCAGUAUGUGUUCCAAUGGUUUCUACCUCCGAUGAUUUCUGGAGAAAUAUCAGUGAAGAAUGUCACUGUGAUGACUUCUGUAUAAAGUACACUUGCCUCGAGAAUGAUUAACUGAGAAUGUAAGAAUCGUUUACAUUUGGUAGCAUAUUAAUGUAAUUGAUGGAAAGAAUUGCGAAAUUAUGGGGGACUGAAUCUCAAAUGUAUGCUGGCUGUGACGUGAAUGGAAAGACUAGCCUGGAGAAAUCCUGAAAAAUGCGGAAUAUAUCCUAUCGAUGUCCUAUCCUUAAUGAGAGGUCGAAGAGACAGAUGUUUCAUUUUUCCUAUCCAGCCACGAUGAAACAGUAUCCAGUCUUUAAUUAAGAAUAUCUCUAAUUUUCCUUUUUUUCGGGAAUUGUUUGUUGUAAUUU